AUGCCCCCGCCCGGGGGGUUCGACGCCAUCAAGUACAAGCGCAAUCUGCCGCUGCGGGGGCCCAGUGGGCUCGUCAUCCUCGGCGGCGUGACGGCGGUGUGCGCGUACGGAUUCUAUCGGGUCGGAAAGGGGAAUGUGGAGAAGAGAGAGCUCCAGAGAGAGAAGGUGUGGUCCCGGCUGCACCUGGUGCCGCUGCUGCUGGCGGAGGGGGACCGGGAUGCGUACCGACGGCAACAGGCUGCGCUUGCGAGGGAGAAGGAGAUCAUGAAGGACGUGCCAGGCUGGGAGGUCAGUGGCUCCACUCGUGUUGCGCUGCGCGAAGCGGGGCGAAAGCUGAUGGUUAUCGUGAUUCUUCUGGCUUGUGCGGCUGCCCCUGUGCGCGAUGUCGGGGGGUGGGAUAGGCGGGCAAAAGUGUCUACAGCAACCCAAGAAGAGGGACCGCAAUCAGCCAUGCCUGCCUUUCCAAGACCGCUCGCCCUCGUCGCCAUCCCUUUUAAAUCCUCCGCCCGCCCCCGUUCCUCCGCUGCCCCCCCUCGCCCCAUUCCUCCGUCGCUCCCUCUCGCCCGCACCUUCAUGUCCGUCCUGAGACGCGACUACGACCCCGACCACGACCCCGUCGCCAUCGCCCUCGCCGCCCAGGACAUGUCCAUCCGCGACCCGUCCCCCGUCUUCGCGUUCGACGACCCCAUGUCUGACAACAUGAUCUUCGACUUUGACGACAUGCGUCCUCUCGAGGCAAAGUCGCCCUUCUCCUGGGACGCCGUCCCCGGCUACACCAUGUCCUCCAUCCCCUUUCCCGGCUCCCCGGACUCCACCUCCUCCCAGCUCGAUCUUGCCCACUCCUAUUUGCCUCCGCCCCCGGUCGAUCGCCCAUUUGCUUCCGCCCAUCUCGACUUUGCCUCUCCCGCCCCCGACUUCACCGAUUCUGCCCUCUACGCGUCCUGGCUCACCGACCCCGACCCCGCGUCCUACCACCCGUCCUCCAUCCCCAUCCCCAUCCCAAGCAACCAGUCCUUCUCUCCCCCGCCCCAGUCUCCCUAUGCUGCGUACAGCGACAGCUCCUCUGUCUUCCCCGACGUCACCACCUUCUCUCCCCUCUCUGCUUACGCCGCCCUCCAGCCUCUCCCGCGGUCGUAUACCCCCGAGGAUGACGCGGUCAUGUCCGAGGCCCUGCGUUGCACAGCCCAAGCCCCCAUGUCGCCCCCCGACUCGUCCUUCAAACCCGCAUGGGCCAUGCAGCUCUGGGAUUCUCCCGACGCGCAGCAGCAGAACGUCGCCCUGCCCCUUCCACCACCGGUCCCCUUCCCACCCCUGUCCGAGGACGCUUACGCAACACAGCGACAGCGUGUCUCAUCCCGCAGAGGCAUCACGCCCAUCUCACAGAUCUUCCAGUCCUCCAGUGCCCCCUCCCUCUCGCACGCCCGUCCGCCGCCGCUCGCACGCGCAUACAGCCGGCGGUCCGAGUCCAUCAGCGAGCACGACGACGCGACCAUUCGCAAGAAGAAGCGCGCAGACGUGGAGGACGAGGAGACCCAUGCCGUGGAAAAGCUGCCGGACACCCCGCCACUAAAGUCGACCCUCCGGCCCCCUAAGCUCGCCCCGUCGGCUUGGCAGCUCUAUUUCACAGACUGGAUCGCGCGCCACCAGGCGUCCAGUCAGAAGAAGCUCAACGUCGCGCAGGCCGCCAAGGAAGCGGGCCAGGAGUACGCGAAGCUCUCUGCUGACCAGAAAGAGCCCUACAAACGCCGCUCUCAGGCUGCCAAAGAGCUGCGCGAGCGCGAACUCGCUGCGUAUAUGCGGACGCUGACGCCGGAAGAUAUCAAACGCGAGAACGCAUUCCGGACCGCACAGCGCCGCGCAGGCAAAUCACGCAAGGGCAAUAUCAAGGACCCCAACGCGCCGAAGAAGCCGCUCUCUGCUUAUUUCAUGUUCCUCCAGCGUAUUCGGUCGGAUCCUGAAUUAGUCAAGGAGGUGUUCGGAGAUGAGUCUGAGACGACCAAGCAGAGCGUGCUUGCCGCAGGCAAAUGGCGCUCUAUGACCGAUGAGGAACGCAAGCCCUUCCUCGCACAAGCCGAGCAGGAGAAGUUGGAGUACGAAUCGGCGCGGAAGCUGUACGAAGAGGGCACGACGGGCUACGGGACGAGCAUAAAUUUCAGCAUCCUUCCCAGCAACCCCAUCAAUUCGAUGCCGUUCCCGAGAUUGCGGCCGCUGAAACGAGAGGCGAUGAGCUCUGAGAGCGAGAGCGAUGGUUUUACGACUGACGAUGGGUCCGAUCUCCCGAAUCGUUCAUGA